CGACGCUGGUGACAGUACCGCCACUGACGGUAGGCACAACUACGGUGAGCUUGCCGAGCUACGACCGACCGGAAUUAUCCGGGGUCCUUCAAGGCGUGGACAAUAUCCACCGCCUCCUGCUUACCAUCACCAUCAUCUGCACCAGCACCAUACCCAUCAGCCCUAUCAGAAGCAGAACCAUCAACAGCCGCCACCACCACACUAUCGGGUGACAUUUGACGAACGACCUUUAGUGCCGCACGAGAUGGAAUCGGUUGGCCAUCAUGUGGCGGUUCCAUUACGCGUCGGUGGCAAGAAGAUGCGCAAGCGGCGCGAACUAGACGCACUCGUGGCACACUCGCUAGCAAAAAGCUCCAAAGGUGGACGUCAUGCGGCCAGCAACGGAGUCGCAUCACACGAUCAACUCCUGUCAAACUCAACCGACGAACAGGAAGACUAUUCAUGGCAACCGAAGGUUCGCACACAGUCCCGCUGCCGAACGAAACGAUUCUCCUGCCUGCGUACCUGCGGUCCGCUACUGUUUGUGUCCUGCAUCUUUAUCUCGCUUGGCUUCAUGUACUGGCUGUACUUCGAUAUACGGCAGCAGAUAUCACAGUAUCGGAUCCGCAUCGAGCAAGUUUCAGCAACUAGUCAAAAUGUUCCAGAAGCACUGCAGAAAUGGCACGAAACGUCCAAAAACCUGGAACAAAACCAAACUGCACUCAAUGGCAAGCUGCGAGAGAUGCAGCAGGUGCUCACCAACUUCUUCGGCGAGCUCAAACAACUCCGCGAGUCGAUUGAGAAGAAGAACGAAAACUCACAGGAGGCACAGCUCAAUCGCUUACAGUCGAGUGUGGCCGAUCUGGGCUCCAACAUAGGGGAUUCGAAUUCUCGCAUUGGGUUGCUGGAAACCCGAUUCGACACGAUACAGGCCGACCAGAAGCAGCUUAACAAAACGCUCGACGAUUUGCAGAAACUAUUUAGCCGCAUUCAAAACAGCACCGUCGUGACGGAUAUUAUCGGUGGCGAUGGAAUGGCCAAGAGUAUGGAGAAAACGAUAGCCGAACUGCGCGAUCAGCUUACCGGCCAGCUAAACAAUCUUGCCCAAAACGUUACCGGCGAGCUGCUGGUGUUGAAGCAGAAAAAUCUAUGGCUCGAAUCGGACCUCAGCAAUCAAACGAAGCGCAUCGAGCAGCUGUUUGACAAUACGGUCAACAUUUCCUCUCACGUACUGUCGAUCGAAGCGGUUUGGCUGGAGGCACGCAAUAAUGCCAGCGCGCUAGAAGCGGACCGUAAGAUCAUUAACGAACAACUAGCUGCGUUGGCGAACGUUACGACCGGACUGCACGGUACGAUCGAGAAGGUGCAGGAAGAGUGCCAACAGUAUCACAGCAAGCUGGAUGAGAUGAAAGGGAAGCUCGGUGAGCUGCAGGACCAGAUACAGCAGAAUGCGGCCCGAAAGGAAGCAUCCAUACAUCGACCGGAUGAAGCAAACAGAACGGAACAGGUAAACCAGGGAAACAUGCCACCCUUACUGUCGCAAUUUUUCGAUGAACAGCAAACAGCCAGUACGGCGACGAGUGUACGCACCUCUGCCCCAUCCAAACCGACCCCUUCAUCAUCGAGCGCUAGCAGCAGUUCAACCGCUAGCACCACUACCACCACCACCACUGUACCUUCCCUAUCCAAGCUGGUGCUGUAUCCUGGUACGCUGGUACAACAGUUGACCACCACAACACCACAACCACCCAGCUCGCCUGGAGUGAUAAAACCGGCAGACAACGGAAGCAAAAAAUCAGAUGGACUUUUCGAUUCCGUCAUGUAA